GCUUGUGGCCCCCUACUCACUUUAAAGCCAGAUCCCGGGCCCAGAAAGCUCCUUUUCAUCGCUAUGUCAGCUAGAAAUAUCAACCCUCGAAAGGUUCAAGCCCUGAAGCACAUCCGCAAUCUCAUAAAUUGCUUGGUGAACAUCAAAGAUGAGACCGGAGAGUUCUUCAUGACCUUGGAAGAUGGAAGGGUCAUCGAUACGAAAGGAUGGAAUGAUUGGGAGUGGACACAUGGCGUUGGACUUUACGGACUUUGGAAAUUUCAUGAAAUCACCGGUGAUCAGGAGGCCCUUGAUGUUUCCCUAGCGUGGUUCAAAGACCGCUUCGAAAUUGGAACGACCAAAAAUGUCAAUACUAUGUCCCCAUUGUUGACCGCCGCAUUUCUUCAUGAAGAAAAGCACUCCAGUUAUCUCGCCCAUCUGGACUCUUGGGCCGAGUGGGUGAUGUACGACAUGCCUAGAACCGAAGACGGAGGUCUGCAGCACAUCACGUAUCUUUUUGACAACUACCAGCAACUCUGGGAUGAUACGCUGAUGAUGUCCGUCUUGCCUCUGGCAAAGAUCGGUCUUGUACUGGGUCGGCCUGCCUAUGUUGAAGAAGCUAAGCGUCAGUUCCUGAUACAUAUCAAGUAUUUGCAGGAUGUUCAGACUGGUCUUUGGUUUCACGGAUGGACCUUUAAUGGACGGCACCACUUUGGGCGGGCUAGAUGGGGCAGGGGAAACUGUUGGGUAACCGUGGCCAUUCCUGACUUUGUCGAAAUGCUUCGAUUGCCUGAAACCGACGGCGUUCGGUUGUUCCUGGUCUCCUCCCUCGUCGCUCAAAUCGAUGCAUUGGUGAAGUACCAAGACCCCGCAACUGGCCUCUGGCAUACCAUACUCGACGAUCCGACAUCGUACUUGGAGGCGUCUUGCACGGCUGGAUUCGCGUACGGGAUCAUGAAAGCACUAAGACUGAGACUGAUACCAAAGGAAGAGAGAUAUGUCAAUGCUGCGAAGAAGGCAAUUCAAGCCGUUCUGGACAACAUCACCGAAGCUGGCGAGUUGAAGUUGGUGUCGUUUGGAACUCCUGUGUUCGACGACACCGAGGGAUACAAGCAGAUACCGUUGACAAGUAUGCCAUACGGACAGAGCCUUGCCCUCUUGGCGAUGACAGAAUACCUCAGAACCUUCCUGUAGUAGAGUGUAUGUAGGAAAGUCUGUGCUGCAAUGUCGAAAGCUGAUCCUCAGGUGGAUGUUGACGAUCGGGCUUCAGCUCUCACGCGUCUUCCUCCGACCCCAUUGCCGGAUAUUGGUCAUUUCAGAGCGUUUUUCCUCGUUUGUAUGGAAGGGGGAACCUAUAUGCAUUCACUACGUAUCAAGCAUGGUAAGAGGGAAGAGUGGUCAAGGCGUG